AUGGCUUUCCCAACAUUAUUUCCAGAUGGGAAAGGUGAUCCUACUAAUCAAGGACUUCUGAGAGAUGUCCCUCUUCAGGAACGAAUAAAGCAUCUUCUAAAAUUUGCUGAAAUUAUUGAUGGUAAAUGGGUAUACCGUUUUGCUAACCACCCCAGAUUUUCUUAUUGGGCGUUUAAUAUGAUUCAAAGAAAACGAAUUUUACAACAAAGUGGAAUAUUCCUCAAACAGAACCCAGGUGAAGCUCAUCUCACAAUUGAAGAACUGCGUGAAAUGGCUGCCAGUAACAAUGCUAAUGUAUUUAUGUCUAAAGUGUCGAGAUAUGUUGGCAAUAUUGCAGGUACUAAUGCUUACUGGAAUAGAGUAAGAGAGGAACUCAAAGCUAUCAUAACUAGUGUUGGAGCACCAACAUUAUUUUUCACUUUCUCCUCUGCAGAUAUGCAUUGGCCUGAGUUACAAGCUUUAUUUAAAGCUGAUACUGACAAUGAGUUAGGUGAUUCUACCAGUGACGUAAGACGACAAAAUGUGAUCAACAAUCCCCAUGUUGUAGAUUGGUUUUUCACAGAAAGAUUAGAAAGCUUUGUAAAACACUGGCUUUACGAUACACUUGGUGCAAAAUGGCACUGGUUUCGAUAUGAAUAUCAAGGUAGAGGUAGUAUCCAUUGUCAUGGUACUGCUAAACUAAAUAAUGACCCAGGUUUGUGUCAACUGACUCAGACUGCUUUGAAAGGUUUCUUAGCUCAAAAAUUUAAAGAUGAAAAUGAUUGUUCUGACACAACUGAACUAGACCAGGAUAUUGAAGCUGGUCAGAAAGCAGCUGACACAGUAUGUCAGUAUGUUGAUUGGUUAUUAUCAACCGUCAAUCCUAAUCCACCAGAUGAGGACAUGUGGAUAAGACCUGAGGUUCAUCCAUGUCAAAGAAGUCAUAAUGACAUUCCAGAACAUGAAAAACAAUCAGAUUAUGUAGAUCUUUUGAACAUGGUUCAACGGCACACUCGUUGUAGUACAAGUUAUUGUCUUAGAAAGAAGUCAAAUGAAACAGAGUUGAAAUGUAGAUUUCACUUCCCUUUUGAUAUUUCUCCUAAGACAAAAUUAGAAUUUGAAAAAAUUCACUCUUCAAGUGAUAAUGAGCAUUAUCGAGCUAAGAUUGUGACUAAACGAAAUGACUCUAGAUUAAAUAACCAUCAACAACUUCAGCUCCAAGGAUGGAGAGCUAACUGUGAUAUUCAAGUUGUUAUUGAUCACUAUGCUUGUGUUGAAUAUCUCACAAAAUAUGCAGCUAAAGGUGAACCAAGAUCACCUUUAUUGAAACAGGCAUUCAAUUCUAUUGUGCAAAAUGUUGACAGUAAUACUGACCCUCGUAGAGUUAUUAAGAAGGUAGUUAUGAAAUCUCUUGGUGAAAGAGAUUAUGCAGCUCAAGAGACCAUGCAUCAUUUGUUGUCUUUAAAACUCCACAGCUCAUCCUUUAAAGUGAUGCCAGUUAGUCUAAAUGGUUCACGUAGAGUGCGUGAUACUGCAAGUAUUGACGAGGGUGAAUCGUGCACCGAUUAUUCACUUCUUGAUGUGUAUGCUAAUCGUGAACAAUAUGAGAGUUCACAAAAUAUAAUAAAUAUGAACUUUGUUCAAUUUGCUACAACAUACAAAGUUAAAAAAUUAAUAAAUAAAUAAUAAAGUAAUAAAUUUACGUGGUGUUUCCACAAACAAAAACAAUUAUAUUUUAUCGCCAUGCAAACAUUCAAAGAACUUAACAUACAAAGUUGUUAACAAUGAACUGACAAAAUUAUCAGAGAAUAUUAUACCACGAAUAUUUCCAACAUAUUCUCCUAAUCCCAUAGGUCCAAAUUUUGGCCUAUAUUGUAAAUAUCAACUUUUGAGGUAUAAACCGUGGAGAACAACCCAAAACAAUGCAUGGGGUGACCAAGAACCAACUGACGAGGUUCUGAUCAAUUGUUGGCAUGAUUUUUUACAAACACCUUAUGGGCAAUCUAAUGUCCCAGACUGGUUUGAUAAAUUACAAGCUGUCAUUCAAAUUCAAGAAUCAGAAGAUGAACCUUCUGAAGAACAGGAGACAACCCGAGAAGAGUGGAUGAUAUUAUCAGACCUCAACACUCCUUUUGACAACUCUGAACAAACACCAGAGUCCACAUAUGACUGGCAUCUUGACAGAGCCAAUUAUUCUCAACAACAAAUCCAAGAAAUGCCAACAUGGAUAAAAACAAACAAAGAGGAAUACACUAUUGAUGAGCAAUAUGAUGUUGUUGACAUCAACAGUUUUAGUGAAAUGCAAAAAUUUGCUUAUGAUAUUGUUAAGUCUCAUUUUGAUGACAUAUCAUCUGAGAAAGAGCCAUUAUGUCUCAUUAUAAAUGGUGUUGCAGGAACUGGUAAAAGUUACCUUAUUAAUGCCAUUAGAAAUCUUUUGCAAAGUAAAUGUGCUGUUGCUGCUACCACAGGUAAAGCAGCUUAUAACAUUAGAGGUGUAACUGUGCAUUCUCUAUUAAAGUUGCCUAUAGGAUCAAGAGGUAAUAAAGACCUGACAGGACAAAGUUUGUGUAGGUUAAGAGAGUGUUAA